AUGAUUACAGGGCUCGUCGUUGGUCUCAUCACAGGCAUGCUGGCCGCCUGUGUUCUCGUAGCCUUGAUUUUCACCUAUGCGCUGCGAGAACGGAAGAAGGCUGCUUUGCGGAAGAAGGGAUACCUUUCAGCGCCGCCGACUCCAAUUCAAUUCGAGGUCACACCUCCACCACCAGGAAUGGUAGAGCUGGAGUCGCCAAUUGAGACGCCUGACCGAAAGCUAUUCGCCUCCACCCUCACGUUCAACUACCACAUCAAAGAGAUCGAUGUGCAGCAAUUCACUUCCACCAUCUCGGUCUACUACGAGAUCUAUGACCGGUAUGAUCAGUUCCACCGCGCGGACAUCAAGAGGCAGACGUCCUCGAGAUAUCGUUACUGCCCGCUCACCUCUAACACUCGCAAUGGAACCAUCGACUGGGAUCAGCUCACCAGUAAGCUCAAUGCGACCGGUAUCUGGAGUGGUGCGAGAAGUCCCGUGAGCCUGCAGGACUUCCCUGUGAGCAUACAAGAGGACGAUGAAAAGAUUAGCGUUCGAGCACCAUCGCCAGCAUUAUAUCUCGACACCUUGACUCCUGGUCCUCCAAUUACAGGGUACUACGCAACACGCAAGCCUGUACCCCAUCGCAACAUGACUGUGGUUCUUGAAGGGGACUCUCGGCCAGCUAGUCCACAAGAAGAUUCAAAACCAUGCUCUCGAGCACCGUCAGUCAGCGGCGAAUCUUUCAACUUCAAUGCCUUUGACACACCAGUCGUUCAGACUGCAACAGCAUACGACUUCACCAAACCAGCCAAUACAUCUCGACAUUCCGUGAUCCGACUUGACGAGCACGGCAAAGCGAUGAUACCAGAUCAACCAGCAGCGACGCUCGAUCUCCCAGCUUCGAUCGCGAGCAGUCCAACAGCAUCACCUCCGAAUAAUGGCCACAGUGCCUUCAUGAUACCCGAUGAUUCAGAGUUGGAAGCUCGCAACUGGCAUAAUUUACUCGUUGGUCGCCUCCUCUAUGCAUCAUUCUCAGUACAGCAAGUCGAGUUGUCAGCAGGCUUGAUCACCGCCUCGUCUGCACUUUGUCAUGGUUCAUCGGCUCUCCAACAUGAUGAGAUCGAAGGAAGAUCCCCUGUUGUGUCAGCAUCAGCUCUGAUGACACAUGAAUCAUGGCCCUCACUCAAGACAUUAUCAUUGCAAAAAUGGGCAGCCGCCUCUCCAAACCCAAAGGUCCAGCCGGGAGAACAGAAUCCUCUGUCCCGGCCAGACCCAACCCCCAGCCGCAGCCGCACUGCCAAGGCUAAUGCUCAGAGGCAUAGAGAUGCAGAUACUGGAGGCGAGGGGUUGAGUUUGUUGGCGGAGCAUCGAAGACGGCAUGGGAUGGCGAGGAAAGUUGAAGGUGAUGAGGGUGGGACGGUGAGGCAGUUGGGGAGGGAGAUUUUUGGGGGCGGUGGGAAGAAGCUUGAAGGGGAUAGGGGUAGGGAGGGUGUAGAUGGGGAAGAUGAGAUGAGUAAGAUUUUGAAGAUUAAGGAGGUAUGGGUGUCAGAGAAAGAGAGGAUUUAUGGUCUGUGGGAAGAGCGAAUGGUCGACUUUGAUACACCUUACACGUCGUUUGACGAUGCUGUUCAGGACGCCAGAGUCUUGAGCAUCUAA